AGACUUAGACUGAGGAAUUUAUUGAUCAUCUUCCACAUUUUAUUGAUCGCGAAAUCAGGCGAGACUCGUAGUUGCUUCUGUUGAUCGAUAUCACAUAUAGGUUGGAUCAGAAACAUGCCAGAGAUUGUUUUUAUCAGCGGAUGUUCAUCGGGCAUUGGGUUAUCCACGGCCCAACUCCUAGCCCAUGAUCCACAGAAACGCUUUUUGGUGUAUGCCACUAUCUUGAAGCCAUUGGAACAAGAAGAGCAGUUCAGGUUGCAGGUAGGAGACGCCCUCAACGAUACACUGUUUCCGCUACAAAUGGAUAUCACCAAGGAAGCUAUGAUAGUUGAUGCGAUUGGUACGGUGAUGAAGGAUCAUGGACGAAUAGACAUAAUAAUCAAUAUUGCAGGAGUCAAUCUAUACAACGUUACGGAGGCGAUUAGUCUUGAGGUCAUGAAGAAAGUUUUUGAUAUCAAUUUCUUCGGUACGGUACGGGUGACACAGGAAGUACUUCCUGUGAUGAAGCGUCAAAGGUCAGGUCGAAUCAUCAACAUGGGAAGCAUACAAGGAUUGGGAGCUUUUCCUUACUAUGGUCUUUAUGGUGCAACUAAACAAGCCAUUGUGGGAUUUAGUCAGGAGAUAGCUAUAAUUGGAAGGUUCUUCAAUAUUAGUGUAAGCGUUAUUGAACCUGGUGCGGUCGACACGGCCAUUACGGAGAACAUGAUCGCCCAGAGGCUAGGAGGACAAGCCGAAAUACAGAGAAACAAGAAUACAACUAACAUCGACCUCACACUGUCAAAGUGCUUCGAACACGUAGACAUCUACCACCCCGAUAUUAUCGGUUUACCUAUUCUCCAAAAACCUUCAGAUAUUGCUCAACUAAUCCUCAAAGUUGCAACGGCAGACAAACCUCAUUUCCGUUACCAGUCAUCGGAGGUCUGUCAAGUUUACGCAGCGAUGAUCUAUAAGGAUGUGACGGGCGAUUCGCAUAUCGAUUACCAGGUCACCGAACUUGAGUCGUUUAGGAGGAAACUAGCAGAAAAGGAAGCAAAAUGAUAGGUCAUUUCCAAGGUCAAUCGAUGAUCAUUAGUCCAGGUCAAUCUCUUUUGUUGUUCUUCGUAUAUUCUAUUCACAUAAUGUUCUCAAACCGUCCGUGGAAUAACGCCGCGGGAGAUUAGAAAUAUGCUAAUUGUGUUGUUAUUUUUAAAUUUUACAAAACGGUUUAUUUGAAGACUUGCUAUGGCUUGAUCGACUUCUAUAACACCGUUAAACAACCCCAUGAACAAUAUACGUAUCACAUCUUACGCUGUUUGUCUGUGGCAUAGAGAUAUAUAUACUUAUAACGCGUAAUAUAUCUCUAUGGUCUGUGGGAUGUCGAGCUAUUAUCAUGAUUAUUCUUGUAAUUUGUCAAGACUAUAGUGGAAGCCCCCAUGAAUACAUAAAUUAAUUAAAAUAAUUAAAUAUAUCAUUGGAAAGCUUUGAAGAAUCGGAACACAACAAUGCAAGUUUUAUGUAUUUGCACGAAAUGCUCACCGGCUUCGUUGCGUUUCCCCCAUAGUCUGAAUUAUAUGACGCCAUCCUAUAUGUGGUCGGAGUUGAGAUUACAGGCGUUUGUAUGUAGACAAGAUUGAAUAUUUCAUUUCCUUUUGAAAUUACGAAUUUGACAUUUUAAGAACAAUAUGCACAGAAAACAAAAAAAAUAGAGUAUUUCAUGUCUUAAUUGAUGAAGCCCAAGUUCUUACUUCUUACUCGGUUGGUACGUUCCAAAACAUGAUUUCGAGAUUAUCGCGUUCAAAGUUUGAAUGUUUUUCAGACAAUCAUAACUUCGCGCUUUGAAAGGAAAAAAAAAUCAAAUAUUUAGGCAUAGACCAAUUUAAAACGUAAUUUUCGCACAUGGUAAUAAUUAUCAUGAAGUUGAAUUAUAUCGAAACUUUCUUACAAUUUACGAUUUCUUGAUGCUUGUCGAGUAGUUCGGAUUUUCUAUGAACGGAAAUUUUUUUCGGAUAGUUUGCCAAUAUUUUUACAAAUUGAGACCUAACCUUAAAAUAUACUACUAAUCUGGUUGAUUUUUAGGGCGCUUUUUACGUUGGCAGUAUCAGAUUUUCAAUAUAUUAGUUAGAUACUGAGAUAUUCGACAGUGCGCAAAAUAAGGUAACGCGCGAAAUGAAGUCACACCAUCAUACAUUCUAUUCUUUUAAAAUAUAAAAAAUUUGACCCGCGAUUCGUAUUCAUUCUCUCAAUAUUUGAAACGAAGCGCAUGUUUGCAUUUCAGAAGCUGUUCAUUUUUACCCAAAACAGGGGGUUUGAGUCUUUCGUACGCGCACAAUUCGCAUUGUAUUCUCAGCGGCACAAACCACGGUUUGAGCCAGUAUACGUUAAGACGAGCUUGGGAAAGCUAGCUAGCCUAGUGUUUAUCUUAUGUAGGCACAACUUUUUGGAAUGAGCUACCAAUCAAAAUCAGAAAGAAACCAUCAAGGUCAAGUUUUCGUAAAGCUAUUGUUGAACAUCUGUUGGAAAACUGAAUUUUUGUUAUCAUCUGUAUGUGAUUUUGUUAUAAUUUAUAUAUCUUUCAUAUGUAAAUACUGUUAGUUUUUGUUAAAUUGUUACUAUAGGCAUUAUUACAGAGUGUAUUUAGUAGACUCAUGAUUGUUCAUUUUUAGUAACAUGUUUUUAUCUGCCUAAUCUACAAGGGGCCAGACUUGACUUGACUUGAUCGCGAACCCAUGCCGCGUGUAAACACGGUAUAAAUUUAAUUGUUUUGUAUUUUGGUUUUGAACAGAAUAUUGGUAGAUCUCAAUGAUAUUCAAAUAAAUUCAAUUCAGGUCAAUUCAAUCUAUUUCAAUUCUAUCAUCUAAACUGGUUUGACUGAGUUAUCAUUCAUACUGGUAUUUAUUCACAUAAUCAUAGUGAAUGUGAUUUGUGAAGAUGGUUCAAAGUGCUGAAAAAAGAACCCUGUGAUAUUAGGAAAAGUAAUUCUCAUUCUAUCUAACUGUUGGAACCAAAAUAUGAACAGGUAUACAAUUGCUGUUCAAUGAUGAAUAUUGACUUAUCCUUGACCACUACAUGCAUGACACUGUUUUUUGCAAAGUUUAGAAAUCCUUUAUAAACACUGGCGUAAGUCCGGUCUGAGAAGUGGGGGAUGAUAUCAAUAUAAUGACCUAAAAAUUCAAAAUUUGGGGGAUAUCCCCACAAUAAGGGCUAUGUAUACGGGGUAUAUAUAACCGUGUACAUAUAGUACUAUCAUCUUUCAGUUAAAGGCCUAUAUCGAUUUUUAAUGGCUACAUUGUAAUGGAUUUGUUGGGAUAUAAAAUAAAUUUUCAAUAGUAAUGACAGAAUGAUGACCCAAAUCGCAUUUCAAGGGGUGUGUAAUCAUUGGAGAAAUGCAGCGAGUGAGCGUAGUGAGCGAGCCUUGAAAAAGUUGCUUCUCAGUCGUUUAAAAUGAUGAGCAUACAAUAUUACAGAGAAUGAUAAAGGUAAAUUAUCAAUAAUAUAUAGAGCAAAUAAGUAACAAACACUCCAUAUUUUGUUCAGUGAAAACUCACUUGCUCACAGGCUAAGAUAAUGUGAGAUAAGAAUGAAACAUCAAGGGAUCAUGAUUAUAGGGAUUAAGGGUGCUUUAUUUGCAUUUUAAGAAAAGUGGGGAGAUGAUUUACAUGCCACUCCUCUCCGAAAAGUGGGGGAUGUAUCCGCCAUCGCCCCGGGAUUUACGCCUGUGAUUAUAGUUUUCGUUCAUUGCAAUGUACUUGUGGUUACAGGACAUUCGUGUUCCAUGUAAUAAUCAAAGUUUUUAUUUUUUUUCAUCCAGUUGUUAAGAUGCCUGUUUAUUCAAAAUCCUUGAACGACCUGCCACAAAUAAUUAGACAGUCUCCAACAUUAGCAAUUUUCAAAAAGUCAUUAAAAACUCAUCUCUUUCGUACUGUGUAGUUUUUUUUUAAAUAUUACAUUUAAUUAAUUCAUUGUAAGCGCUUUGGGCCUAACGGGAAAAGUGCAGUACAAAUAAUAAGUAAUAAUAAUGAUAAUAAUAAUUGCUUUACGAACGAUACGGAUAUGAUGAUUCUUUUCCCAAUCAAUUUCAUGAAGAAAAGGCAAUGGAAAUAAUUUACAGACCAUGUUAUGCAUAUGCUUAAGGUGAUAAAAAAUACACGUACAGUAUAUCUCCCACUGUUUGAACAAAGAUAAAAGUAGAACAUUGUCAAAUUUCUUAAAAUAAGACUUAUAUACACAAGUGCUUAUAAAGAUAUCUCAAACCCUUUUAUAUUCGAUGUGGUCCCUUUCUUUAAAAGUAAUUAAAAUAUGUGGCCAAAGAAGUGCAAAAGUUUAUCUUAAAAAAAGCAGUUUUGUAAUAUUUGAUUAAAACGGAUUCAAAAUUUGUAAUGACAAAUAAAACAUUUUGUUAAGAAAUGCAUGAAUAUUACCUCUGAUUUAGCGAUUUUUAUAACCUUGCAAUGCGCGCGUAAAAGUGAAACAUCUAUAGGUAUACUGUAUAUGGGUUCACUUACCAAAGUAUAUACUCUUGUUUUUAUUUGGUUGUUUGUUGGUUUGUUUUGGGGGAUUUUGGGGGCUGUCAAGUUAAGGUUGACUCGGAUAUACUGAAAAAUUAAGAUGCGCAUGUCCAAUGAAUGUUAUUAAUUGAGAGUAAGCAGUCGCCAUUUGUCGAGGGCUACAAUUGGUUGCCCAUGGUGACUGCUGACGCAUUUUCAAUCUGGGAUACGACAUCAAAAAUAAAAUGGCUCGAAAUGAAAGGAUAGAAGCAGGCUCAUAAAUCCAUCAUUUUGAGGUACAGGAUGCGACCAAAGUUUAUGGUUAAGAAGGAAUAUUUUAAGGGCAAUAAACGGGUGGAAGGUUUUUGCUUGACUAUGGGAAGAAUUGUGAACAUUGGCCCCUCUGACAUAUCUGAGAUUGGGAUUAGCACUCUUUAAGAUUCACAUUAAAAUCAUCGUUUAUUUUUGCGUGAAAUCAAUGUAUUUUGAUUUCUCCAAUGAAAUUUUCAUCGAAUUUCUUUGAAUAUCGUUGAAUAUCGGCUGGGUAUUUCAUAAAGCUGUUUGUAAGUUUCUUUACCAUGUUUAAGAUCGACUGGUGAUCCUUUUCAUGUGGUAAAUACAUCGUAUUUUCAUUGAUGUUAAAUGAUUUAGGGCCUAAGAAAGGAUCACCAGUCGUUCGUAAAUUACGAAUUUUAUUAAACACCUACCGGUUUUAAUUGAUUUUUACAUGU